AUGGCAUCAAAGAACUUAUCAUUUGCAUGGGAGAGUGGAAACCCAGGCAAUGCAGUCUUCUUCAUUGGAGGCUUUGUGCUGGGAGGAAUUAUGGCUGGAACACUUGCUUGUGUUUAUGCACCUCAGAUCAGCAAAGCACUAACUGGAACUGACAAAAAAGAUCUAAUAAGGAAGUUACCAAAAUUCAUCUACAAUGAAGAGAAAGCUUCAGAGAAAUCGAGAAAGGCACUGGCGGAGAAGAUUGCACAACUUAACGCCACCAUUGAGGAUGUUUCUUCUCAAUUCCGACCAGAUGAUGAGCCAAAUGGAGUGGCUGUGACUUCCGACGAGUUUGAAGCUGCAAAAUAA